GGCAACAAUUCUUUUUUGCAAUGUGAUUGUCGAAGAAUUUAUCAGUGAUCAACAAAAUUUGAUAAAAAUUAUUAAAAUAGUUUUCCUUUUUUAUUAUUUAUAUUAGCUAAGUUUGAAUGUAUUGUAAUAUUAAUACAAUAUCAGGCACGUCACGAUUAAAACUUACAAGGAACACUAUACUAUAAGACCAAGAUGUCGGUGAUAUUUUACUACAAUUUUGACAAGAUAAUGUUUGUGUAAAAUCUUGAUUUUUUGUAUUAUUACAUAAAUUAAAUCAGUUUUUGAAUGUGUACAUAACAUAGCCAAGUCGUUCUCGAUAUGAAUGAUUUUGUUGAAGAAAACCUUAAUAAUAUGAAGUGCAGUCAAAGGGAUGUUACUUCGAAAAAUAAAAGUAAAAAGGCCAAAGAUUCUUCUGAUGCACCUGACGAAAUAAAACUAAAAGAAGAGUCAUUGAGUGCAGCUUUAGUAAAUACUCUAAAUAUUAACAAUAUCAGUAGCAAGUUAACAAAUGGUACAAGUGAACAUUCUAAUGAUAUUCAAGAAACAAACGAGAAAAACUCUAUAGCACAAGACGCAGCCCCUAGUGAAGUCAGCAAGGAUGUAAAUAUUAUACAUAAUAAUGUCAUUAAUGCCAAGGAACAUAAUAAUGAACAAUUAGAUAUUUCAUUGCAGACCGCUGGAGAGGUCCAAAAUGAUAUUGAUAUAAUAUCAUAUGAAUCUGAAUUACAAAUGCCUGAAAUCAUGAGACUCAUACAAAAAGAUCUCUCAGAACCAUAUUCAAUCUAUACAUAUAGAUACUUUAUACAUAACUGGCCUAAAUUGUGUUUUCUGGCGACGGAUCAAGGAAAAUGUAUUGGGGCUAUUGUAUGUAAGUUGGACAUGCAUCGCAAUGCUGUCAAGAGAGGUUACAUUGCUAUGCUGGCUGUAGAUGCAAAAUACAGAAACAGGAAAAUUGGCUCAAAACUAGUUCAAAAAGCAAUUCAGGCAAUGAUAGAUGAUAAUGCUGAUGAAGUGGUCUUAGAAACGGAGAUCACUAACAAGCCAGCACUAAAACUUUACGAAAAUUUGGGGUUUGUGAGAGACAAACGCUUAUUUCGGUACUAUCUUAACGGUGUAGACGCAUUGAGAUUGAAACUAUGGCUAAGGUGAAAUAUGUAGGGUGUAAGUGGGAAAUUCUCAAUGUUGUGUCAUACUGCAUACACUGAGGAUUGUACAGUCUCGGGCAUAUUAUGUUAUUUGAAUACCGACUGUUGUAUCAGUAACUAAAAAGCCAUGUGGAUUUUAGCCAAAUGUAUUGUUUCUUUGAGUUAAUAGUCAUGUGAUGUUUUAUUUUAUUUGUGUUAAAAUUUUAAUGAGAAAAAAAUCUGCAAUUUUUUUUAUACAUCCUAAUUAUAUAUUUUAUCCUAACUCAAAAUACACAACUUUGAAGUAAA